AUGACUCUCACCGAUGAGGAGCUCGACCGCGACUGGCAGCCCAACGGCCGUCGCCCUCAAUCAACCAUCGCCCGCUCAUUUAGUGCCGAGCUCAUGGACAUCUUCCGUAUCGAAAACUCUCUCACCGACCUGGAUCAGCAAGUUCACGCCAAGAAGCAAACUGUUGACAAGGAAACCGAAGAGCUCGCCGCUCUUGAAGCCCGCAUCCGUGAGAUGGAAGACCGCCUUCGCCGCUCUACAGGUGGCGCCGCCCAGCAACGAUCUCCACUGCCUCAGACACAGACCGCCAACCAGGCUCAGGCUCAGCAGCCAAGUUCUCUCGACGCCCCCAAGGACGAUUCCAAGGUCCGCUCACGACCGGGAACAGCUCGUGCUUCCCAGCAAGCUCCCUCCUCGGGCAACAUGCCCCCGACCCCGGGUGCCAGUGAAGGUGAAUACUAUGUCGUCACCCGCGAUGACUUGCAAGACGGCCCGCGCUGA